GGAUAGGAAAAUUAAAUUUAGAAUAGUUUCAAACACUUUUUUUUUAAUAAUAUAAAUCGUUUAAAUUAAUUUUUUUUUAUAAUUAAAAUCGAUAAUAUGCAUAGAGCGUAUCAGCCUAUUACUCCAGCACAUAAUAAGUUGCUUAAAAAACGUUGGGAUAUGACCAAAUAUGAUAUUCAUAGAAAAAAGGUUUAUCUUGCUCGACCAGUUAUUGACAAUCACCCUCCUAAAACUUAUGCUCAUCUUCAGUGUAAAUUAAAAAAGAUGCAGAUUGAAGAAGAACAUUUAGCUACAGUUCAAAGAGAUAAUAUGAUAUUAUUUCAUAAGAUGAGUUUUAUUGAGAAAACAAAAGGCAGUGUUGAUAAUAGGAAUGAAUACGAACAUAAAAGUUUAAAUCAAUCAAAAAGACAACGAGAGUUACAUAGAGUAAACCAUGAAAACCAGGCCAUUAUAAAGCGAAUUGUUGCCAAGCAACCAUAUUACAGUCAUUUGGAUUUUGAAGAAGACUGGCGUACAAACCAGCAAUUUAUGGAUAAUAUAGCAAAAUAUCCUCGAGAUGUUAUUAAAGACUCUAAAUCAAGAAAUGACGAUAGCCUCGAUUCAAAACCGGUUGAUUUGCCGGGUUUUUUACCAUCUUUAAUAACAAUUCCCUCUUGCAAAAGAAUGCACUAGUUUAUUGGAAAAAAAAAAUGUUUUAUUAAGUUUUUUUUUAAUAAAAUUUUAAAUGUUUUUUAGUGAAUUUUUUAAUGUAUUUUUCAAAAUGGAGUUUUUAAUGAAUUUUUAACGCAUUUUCUAAUAAAUAUUUUUUUAGGACUAUGUUAAAUAGAACAUUUAUUUUCUGUAAUAUAUUUAUAUUUUUUAAAAAAUUUUAAUAA